AUGCGCCCUGUUGCCGCUUAUGAUUCGACUUUCGCCGAACUUGUGUCGAUUCAUGGCUUCUAUAAAAAGCGGUAUGGCGAGCCAGAGGAAUACAAAUAUCGGGGGGUCACCAAUCAACGCUGCGAUCUCCCACUCAACCAAGUGGACAAACGAAGACAAGGCAUCGACGAUUACACCUACUUCCUCCAGCUGCUUGCGGACGCGGACAAGACGAGACUUGAAUUAUUCAUCGUGCUCAACGGGUGGAACGCCCUGACGACAGAUCCUUUGACAUUCGUCACACUCUUCUAUGGCCGCACAUGCAAAAUCACACUCAGGGUUUUCACUUCAUCACCAAAUCCGAAUGCAAAACUUUUUCACGAUGCAGGUGUCAGAGAGGUUAGUACCUUAUCUAGAGUCAAACUUUAUUGGCCAAGCUGA